AUGUCGGGCUACCAGCAUCUUUCCAAGGCCGGAAGCCGGUUUUUAAAGCAAGUUGAAAACAGACCAAAGCACUUGGUUGAUCAUUUCAAGAAAUUUGAGGAAAAAUCGAUGCCGUCGUUUUUGGUGCCGUCGAUUUCACGCGUUGAAGACAGUGAGCGGUUCCAGAGCGUCAGGGAGUGGAAGUACAUGCCUGGUGACCGUGUUGUAGUGACCAAAGGCAGGUGGAAAGGACAAGUGUGCGUGAUUCAACAGCUCGACAAGGAAACCAAUGGAUUCGUACUAGACGAAAAUGGACCAACGAAGACGGUCCCUGUGCCAAAACAGUUUUGGUCCGAGGGCCAGAACUCGCAUAUGGUGACUUUCCCCAUGGCCGUGGCUCAAAAAGAUGUCAAGCUGGUCGCAGAUAUCGAUGAUCCCAAAGUGCCAGGAGCCGUCAAGACCGUUGCAGUGCGUGACAUUGUGUUCCGUGGAUCGUACUACGAUGAUGGCUACAAGAAGCUAAUGCCUCUCAGAUGCGUUUCGGGCCAAGAGGACCUGGUGAUACCGUGGCCCAAGCCAGAGGCCAAACCAGACGGGGAGCUGGCUACUUCUGGAGAAGUUGCAAGAGAACAGACUUUCUGGGUCUCCAGCAUAGCACAGAGCCCAAUUCCUCAGGGCGCUCUGCUCACAAUUCGUAACCCUAAGUCCAAGUUUAGAAGAGGGACACUCACAGCCAGAGACAUCGCCAAACUGGUAGCUCCAAAAAUGCCUUUGACCAAGGCUAAAAAGGCCUUUAUUGCCGAGAAAGAAGAGCUGGCAGCGGGUUCAAAGCGGAAGCUGUCUGAUCAGGACAAGGAACUCAUAGGUUCCACAGUUUUGGAGCAUUUGAGCAAGAAGCUUUGA